AUGAGCGAAACGACGGCGACCAUCGGAAUCGGGAAGAUGUACGAGGAAUUCAAGAUAACACAGCUUGUGAACGAGACACUGACAACAGUAAUCGAAAAUGUUCAGAACAAUCAUGACAAAAUUUCCACAAAAGCAAAGCCUAGACCCUUAAGUGCGAUUCAUGAAGAAAUCCGAGAAUAUGAUCAGCUGAGCAGGCAACUUGAGAAAGAAUACAGAAAAAGUAUGCGAAUUGUUGACGAUGAUUUUGAAUUGGCCAGGGCUCAUUGGAUCCAAUUACAGAAAUCGAAUAAACAGGGUCUGGCAAUUCGAGGUUGCUUCCUUACAAUGCUAGAAAAAUAUCCACAAGUUCGGCCAAUAUGGGGAUUUGGAAAACGAAUCGAAGGUCGAAUUGAUGAGACAUGGAAACCAGAACUUGUUGAAGAUUUUUAUUUCAGACACCAUUGCGCAUCACUCCAGGCAGCUUUGAAUAUGAUAAUUCAAAAUAAAGACGAUAGAAAUGGAAUGAGACGGAUGCUUAAUGAAAUGGGAGCUCAUCACUUCUUUUAUGAUGCCUGUGAACCACAUUUCGAAGUAUUUCAAGAUUGUCUUUUGGAGUCAAUGAGGCUUGUUUUGAAUGGAGGAGAUGCAUUGGAUGAUGAAAUUGAGCAUUCUUGGAUUUGUCUUUUACAAACAAUUCGACUACAUAUGGGAGAGGGAAUCGAAAUCCAAAGAGCCAAUUAUCUGUCUCAGUGUUUGAUUCCAAAGGAGAUGGAGGAAGUGAAAGAGAAUUGGAAGAAAGUGGAAUUGUAUGGAUUCAGAAAAGCUGGAAUCACAUUGUGCGAGUCUGCAUUCAAAAGUUAUUCGGAACUUUUGAAGACACACAACUUGAAAAUGACACUACCAAUUGAAGCCAACAAGACUAGUCAGAGUUUUUUAGCUUUGUCGGAUCAAAUUAUGAUGGCACUAGACAAAACGAUUCAAUCGUACACUCCAGAAGAUGGAUUCAUGAAUUUAAUUCAAGAAAUCCGAGAUUUCGUUAUAAAAUUUCUAGUGGUAGAAGUGUGUCCACCUCUCAUUCGAAAAUCUUUUAUCGAUGGUAUGAUUCACAUGCUCUGUAAAAUACUUUGCAUAAAACAUGUCAAGGAAGAUUUUCUACACGUUUGGAAGAAAGUAUAUCGAGUGAUGGAGCAAUCAAUGAUAGCUAAUAUUGUAGAAUAUUAA